AUGUCCUCCUCACCUCAAACCCGUAAAAGAGUUCUCGGGAUUGGUUCCCCUCGUUUCGCCCACACCGAAUUCGAAGACCUCAAACAGAUCGCAGACGUCUUUUGGUUCACACCGGAGACGCACCCGCAGGUCGUGGAUGGAGUGGCGAGGCUAGUAAAGGAGCAUGGGCCUAUGGACGCCGCAUACGUGUUGUUCGGAACAGCGAAUUAUGGGCCAUUUAUGCAGGAUGUAUUGGGUCCCCUGUUUCCUGGAUGUGGGCUGUUCGCGUCCGGAGGAGCAGGCUAUGAUGAUGUUCCAACCGAAUGGCUCGCUGAACACGGAGCAUAUGCAGCAAACACCCCCACCGCGGUGACCUCCGCCACCGCCGACCUCACCCUCUUCCUCACCCUCUCCGUCCUCCGCAACACCUCCUUCGCCGAAUCCGUCCUCCGCCAAGGAGUUUGGCGAGACGGGUUAGAAUUGGCGGAAGACCCAGACGGGAAGACAUUUGGAAUCUUCGGGAUGGGCGCAAUUGGGAAGAGUGUGGCGCGGAAAGUCGGUAUGCUGGGUAUGAGAGUGGUGUACUUCAAUAGGCGGAGGUUAGGCGAGGAAGUUGAGAAGGAACUGAACGCUACGUAUGUGUCUGAAGACGACCUAUUAGCACAGAGCGAUGUGCUCUCGCUGCAUUGUCCAUUGACCCAAGAGACCACUGGAUGGCUCAAUGCCGAGCGGAUAGCGAAGAUGAAGGAUGGCUCCUUCCUCGUAAACACCUCUCGUGGAGCCGUGGUCGACGAACAAGCCCUGAUCUCAGCUCUCGAAUCAAGAAAGAUCCGUCGUGCAGGCCUCGACGUUUUCGUUAAUGAGCCCAAGCCGAACGAAUGGUUCACCAAAUCGCCAUUGGUGACGGUACUGCCACACUGGGGCGCGUUCACGACCGGCACGAUUCAUAGAGGCGAACGUGAAGUGCUGGAUAACGUCAAGCAGUUCGUGCUCACGGGAAAACCACGAUACCCGGUCAACAAUCCAGUGAAGAAGAGCUCAGCGUCAAGUUCGUAGACGCCGCUUUGAAUUUUUUACAUCCGGGUUGGACGCUCGGUGGUGGCGGAUGGACAGACCUUGAUCGAGCGAAUGGGAGGAAGGUCGUGCAUGGUCGCUCGUUUGUAAACAUAACGGGAAGACAGUGAAGAAUGGCACGGUAUCAUAGGAUGACAUUUAUCGCUGAACAAAUAUGAAAGAUG